AUGAUGCAGAGCUCGCUCGCGCGGCCGCUGCGGCCGCCGGUACUGGCCGGAUGCUGCGGUAGACGGGGCCACGGGGCCCCACGCGGCUCGGUAUCCGUGGCACGGUGCCGCGCUGAGGCGGCGCCGACGGUGGGGACGGCGUCUAGGGCGCCUGCGGGCCCGUACACCGGGAGGGACCCGGAGGUGAAGAAGCCCGCGUGGCUGCGGCAGCGCGCUGCGCAGGGGGAGAAGUACGCUCGCCUGCGGGAGUCCAUCGGCGAGCUCAAGCUCAACACCGUCUGCGUUGAGGCACAGUGCCCCAACAUCGGCGAGUGUUGGAACGGAGGUGGAGGGGCCGGCGGCGAAGGGGACGGCAUCGCGACGGCCACCAUCAUGGUGCUUGGUGACACCUGCACGCGCGGGUGUCGAUUCUGCGCUGUGAAGACCAGCAACAAGCCGCCACCGCCGGAUCCCCUGGAGCCCCUAAACACGGCUUUGGCUGUUGCAAGCUGGGGAGUAGAUUAUGUUGUGCUAACCAGUGUCGAUAGAGAUGACUUGCCUGAUGGUGGAAGUAGCCAUUUUGCUCAGACAGUGAGAGCUUUGAAGGAGCUCAAACCUGGAAUACUGGUGGAGUGCUUAACCUCGGAUUUUCGAGGUGACCUGGAGGCUGUUUCAUCUUUAGCAAACUCCGGCCUAGAUGUUUAUGCGCACAACAUUGAAACUGUGAGGAGUCUACAGAGGAUUGUGAGGGAUCCCCGGGCAGGGUAUGAUCAGAGCUUGGCAGUUCUCAAGCAUGCAAAAGAUUGCAGGGAGGGAAUGAUUACAAAGUCUUCUAUCAUGCUUGGUCUUGGAGAGGCUGAUGAAGAAGUGAAACAAGCCAUGAUGGAUCUACGGGCAAUUGGUGUUGACAUCCUUACUUUGGGCCAGUACUUGCAGCCAACAGAAAGACAUCUAACAGUAAGAGAGUAUGUGACUCCCGAAAAGUUCCAGUUUUGGAAGGAGUAUGGAGAAUCGGUUGGUUUCCGAUAUGUUGCUAGCGGGCCCUUGGUUCGGUCUUCCUACCGUGCAGGAGAGCUCUUUGUCCAAAAUUUGGUCAGAAAUAACAAAACUGGGUCUUCCAAAUCUUAA